AUGACGAGCGAUGAGGAGGAGGGCCCCGGCGUUGCAACAUCAGCAGCAACGGCACCGUCAGCCGCGACAAUCUCCGGGGUGACGGCAGCCACCGUCGGCGGCGACGGCGAUGAUCCCGUCACUGCGUCGUCCCCCUGCAGGCCCUCCCCGCACCACCGCCCAUGUCCCGAGGAAGAGGAGGUGAAAGAGAAGGAGAUAGAGGUGGAAGGGAUUAUUCAGGAAGAGAGGAUUGAGAAGGAGGAGGAGGAGGAAGGUGAGCUGGUGGAGUGCGAUGGGGAUGACGAAGACGAGGACGAUGAGGAAGACGCAAGCAGUGAUGGCAGUGUGUUGGUGGUGCCCUAUCCUGAGCUGGUACCUGUGGUCUUCUUCUGCCUGAAGCAGACCACGUGUCCCCGCAGCUUGUGCAUCCGCAUGGUCUGUAGCCCGUGGUUCGAACGUGUGAGCAUGAUGGUGAUCCUGCUGAACUGCGUGACCCUGGGAAUGUACCAGCCCUGUGAGAACAUCGACUGCUCCUCGGACCGAUGCCAAAUACUAAAGGCCUUUGACGCAUUCAUCUACAUCUUCUUUGCUCUGGAGAUGGUUAUAAAGAUGGUGGCUCUGGGAAUAUUUGGCCGGCGCUGUUACCUCGGGGACACGUGGAACCGGCUGGAUUUCUUUAUUGUCAUGGCAGGGAUGGUUGAAUACUCUCUCGACCUGCAGAAUGUCAACUUCACCGCCAUCCGAACAGUGAGGGUGCUGCGGCCUCUUAAAGCGAUCAACAGGGUGCCAAGCAUGCGCAUCCUGGUGAACCUGCUGCUCGACACUCUGCCCAUGCUGGGUAACGUCCUCCUCCUCUGCUUCUUCGUCUUCUUCAUCUUCGGCAUCAUCGGGGUUCAGCUGUGGGCGGGACUGCUGAGGAACCGCUGCUACCCGGAGGAGAACUUCACACUCACCACCGGCAUCAGCCUCCCUCGACCUUACUACAUGGCCGACGAGGAUGACGAGCGGCCCUUCAUCUGCUCGCUGCCUGUCGACAACGGCAUCAUGUCGUGCACCGACGUCCCCGCCCGCCGCGAGGGAGGCAGGACGUGCUGCCUGGACAAAGACGACGCCUUGUACCGCCAGUCGCUCGGUCUGAGCCCCGAGCCUCUGGCCAACGGCAGCGUCAGUGUAGCCGGGCUGUGUGUCAACUGGAACCAGUACUACACCAGGUGUCAUACUGGGCACAGCAACCCCCACAAAGGUGCCAUCAACUUUGACAACAUCGCCUAUGCCUGGAUUGUCAUCUUCCAGGUGAUCACUCUGGAGGGCUGGGUGGAGAUCAUGUACUAUGUGAUGGAUGCUCAUUCCUUCUAUAACUUCAUCUACUUCAUCCUGCUUAUAAUUGUCGGUUCCUUCUUCAUGAUCAACCUGUGCCUCGUGGUCAUCGCCACCCAGUUCUCAGAGACCAAGCAGAGGGAGCAUCAGCUGAUGCAGGAGCAGCGAGCUCAGUGUUCGUCCUCGUCCACCCUGGCCAGCGAACCGGGAGACUGCUACGAAGAGCUCUUCCAGCUCGUCUGCCACGUCUUCCGCAAAGCCAGGAGACAAACUGUCGCCCUUUUCAACACCCUGCGAGGGAAACCUCGUGGCUUUCGUGGCGUCGGAAGAGGCCGAGGUGGAGGGGAAGGGAGGGAGAGGAAGGCCAACGGACGUGGAGGACGGGAAAGAAGAAGAAGAGAGGUGUCGAGGCACGGACUUCCAUCCAUCUUCACGCUCCUUCGCCAACGUCCUCUUCGCUGGCUGGUCCGUGUACGCCGCAUGGGCGACGGCAGAAUACCUAAAGAUCUACUGUACGGCCAGUUGUCAGAAGGCUCUAGACCUCGAGGUCGCCCAAGGCGCCGCUUCAAAGACGCCUGCAAGCGCGACAUGAAAACCUCUGAGAUCAGCGUCCAGUCCUGGGGGACCACUGCUGAGUCAAGAGAUUCCUGGAAAGCUGCUGUUCCGGAGGAGCUCACAAACGUCCUGGAGAUCUGCAACAUCGUCUUCACCAGCAUGUUCUCCCUGGAGAUGAUCCUCAAGCUCACGGCUUUCGGCUCCUUCAACUACCUGAGGAACCCCUACAACGUCUUCGAUGGAGUCAUUGUCAUCAUCAGUGUUUGUGAGAUCGUCGGCCAGUCCGAUGGCGGUCUGUCCGUGUUGAGGACCUUCAGGCUGCUGAGGGUGCUGAAGCUGGUGAGAUUCAUGCCAGCUCUGAGGAGACAGCUGGUGGUCCUGAUGAAGACCAUGGACAAUGUGGCCACGUUCUGCAUGCUGCUCAUGCUCUUCAUCUUCAUCUUUAGUAUCCUCGGGAUGCACAUCUUUGGCUGUAAAUUCAGUCUGAAGACAGAGACCGGAGACACCGUCCCCGACAGGAAGAACUUUGACUCCCUGCUGUGGGCCAUUGUCACUGUUUUUCAGAUUCUGACCCAGGAGGACUGGAACGCGGUUUUGUACAACGGCAUGGCAGCCACCUCACCGGUCGCCGCCCUUUACUUUGUGGCCCUCAUGACUUUUGGAAAUUACGUCCUCUUCAACCUGCUGGUGGCCAUCUUGGUUGAGGGCUUUCAGGCAGAGGGCGAUGCCAAUCGUUCCUAUUCGGACGACGACCACUCCUCCUCCAACUUUGAUGAGAGUGAGAAGCACGACUCCAUAAAGCUGUCCGACCCGAGGAUCUGCACCCUGACACCUAAUGGCCACCUGGAGCUGGGUGCCCUUUCAGGACCCAGGGGAUCGUACUCUUCAGAGAGGCGGAGCUUCACCGGGGAGUCCAGAAAGAGCAGCGUGAUGAGCCUGGGCAAGAGCAGCCUGGAGAGACGCUCCCUCUCCCUGCGCCAUGGUCGCAGUUCCAACUACCACAACUGGGGGCGUCCCAUCCCUCCACAGUCUGCAUGGAGUCGCAGGUCUAGCUCCAACAGCCUGGGUCGGAGGAGCUAUGGGUUCGGUGGGGCGCCUCUGGUGGGAGGCAGCCUCCGUGUGCGCAGCACUCGCUCCCCCCACUCCUACACCUACGCCGCAGAGCAGGAGUCCCUUCUUUCUCACCCGCCCCACUCCCACCACCCCCUGCCCCCUCAUCAUCCACUCCCGCCACCGCUGUUCCUCUCCAGACAUUUCGCUGCGAGGCGGGAUCGACGGGCUCUUUCUCUGGAGCUGCCAGAGCUGCUUCGGGCAGGCGGACAGCCCCCGUGCCUCCCCCCCAUCCACCCAGACCCCGGGAGGAGAAGUGGGUCCGGGGCAGGGGGGUCCCUUGCAGGAGGUUCCGGUGGUUGUAGUGGUUUAGGCGUGGACCACCGGGACUGUAACGGCAAGGCGCCGGGUCCCCACACUCAGCUGAUGGCUGAGGUUUUCCCUCAAGUCAACGCACGCAAGGACAGAGCUGACCUCGAUGAGGAAACAGACUAUAGUUUGUGCUUCCGGAUCCAGAAGAUGAUGGAGGUGUACAAGCCAGACUGGUGUGAAUCCAGAGAGGAGUGGUCUGUGUACCUGUUCUCGCCUCAGAACCGCCAAGAAAGACUGUUUCUCACCAUUUCCAACUACAUCUUUACUGCCAUCUUUGUUGCCGAGAUGACGGUUAAGGUGGUGUCCAUGGGUUUGUACCUCGGGGAAACGGCCUAUCUGAGGAGCAGCUGGAACAUUCUGGAUGGUUUCCUGGUGUUCGUGUCGCUGAUUGACAUCGUGGUGUCCAUGGCGGGCGGGGCUAAGAUCCUCGGGGUUCUCCGUGUUCUCAGGUUGCUCAGGACGCUGCGUCCUCUCAGGGUGAUCAGCAGAGCUCCAGGGCUGAAGCUGGUGGUCGAGACCCUCAUUACAUCCCUCAAGCCCAUCGGCAACAUCGUGCUCAUCUGCUGCGCCUUCUUCAUCAUCUUCGGCAUCCUUGGUGUUCAGCUCUUCAAAGGCAAGUUCUACUACUGUGUUGGUUUCGAUGUGAAGAACAUCACCAACAAAUCUGACUGUCUGGCUGCCAACUAUCGAUGGGUUCAUCACAAAUACAACUUUGACAACCUUGGACAGGCUCUGAUGUCCCUGUUUGUGUUGGCAUCAAAAGACGGCUGGGUCAAUAUAAUGUACCACGGACUGGAUGCAGUAGGAAUUGACCAGCAGCCCAUGACCAACAACAACCCGUGGAUGCUGCUCUACUUCAUCUCCUUCCUCCUGAUCGUGAGCUUCUUCGUCCUCAACAUGUUUGUGGGCGUGGUGGUGGAGAACUUCCACAAGUGUCGGCAGCACCAGGAGGUGGAGGAGGCCAGGAGACGAGAGGAGAAACGCCAGCGCCGCAUGGAGAAGAAAAGGAGAAAGGCCCAGAAGAUGCCGUACUAUGCCUCCUACGGUCGCGCCCGCCUGGCUAUUCACGCUCUGUGUACCAGCCACUACCUGGACCUGGUCAUCACCUUCAUCAUCUGCAUCAAUGUCAUCACCAUGUCCCUGGAGCACUACAGCCAACCGCAGUCUCUGGAGACGGCACUCAAGUACUGCAACUACUUCUUCACCUCCACCUUUGUGAUCGAGGCCUCUCUGAAGCUGGUGGCCUUUGGCUUUCGACGCUUCUUCAAGGACAGGUGGAACCAGCUGGACCUGGCCAUUGUGCUGCUGUCGGUAAUGGGCAUCACCUUGGAGGAGAUCGAGAUCAACGCCUCUCUUCCCAUCAACCCCACUAUCAUCAGGAUCAUGAGGGUGCUCAGGAUCGCACGAGUGUUGAAGUUGUUGAAAAUGGCAACCGGGAUGAGAGCUCUGCUCGAUACAGUGGUCCAGGCUCUGCCUCAGGUGGGGAACCUGGGCCUGCUCUUCAUGUUGCUGUUUUUCAUCUAUGCUGCUCUGGGAGUGGAGCUGUUUGGAGAGCUAGUGUGUAAUGCCGACUACCCCUGUGAGGGAAUGAGCCGCCACGCUACUUUUGAAAACUUCGGAAUGGCCUUUCUUACACUCUUCCAAGUUUCAACCGGUGACAACUGGAACGGCAUCAUGAAGGACACCCUGAGAGAGUGCCCACCGGUCCACCCAGGCACCGACUACGGCUGCCACGCCGGGCUGCAGUUCAUCUCCCCGAUGUACUUCGUGUCCUUCGUGCUCACGGCUCAGUUCGUCCUGAUAAACGUGGUGGUGGCCGUGCUCAUGAAGCACCUGGACGACUCCAACAAGGAGGCGCAGGAGGACGCCGAGAUGGACGCCGAGAUUGAGCUGGAGCUGGCUCAGGGAGGCCUCUGCUGCAUGAUGGGGGGCAUCGGAGCCAUCGCCGGGGCCACGGGUGGCGCGGCGGGCGCGGCGGGCGUGGGCGGCGCGGCGGCUGGUGCAAUUACAGCCGGGACGGUCGGGGGUCCAAGUGGAGGCAUGAUGGCACCGCUGCGAGACGGAGGAGGCGGCGGCGCUCACGAGGGACACGCACACCAUCGAUGCCGGCUCUACUCUCCUGCUCAG